AGCGGUACCUUGCGCGAGGCGUAGCGAACCCGAGUGAGACGGCACGAGGCAAGGAGAGACAGCCGAGACAGCGUCGUGUUGUUUCGACAGCAAGGUGGAAUGUCGGUGCUCGCACAAUUCCAAACAGUUAUAAAAGGGACAAAAAAGAGAAACAAUGGGCAGUGUUAAAUUGGAUAUACAGUGGUCUCCCGUUCAUCAUAAUAAAUUCAUCACUUGGGGCACCGAGAUUAAUCUAUAUGAAGUCGUACCUCUGGAGGAUAGUUUUGAGCAAUCCUGUUUAAAGAUCUCAGAUCACUCUGUUGCUCAUCUCCUUGCUACUAACACCAACAAUCACUAUGUCAAAUGUAUUGAUAUAUAUCCCGAACAAGAACCUGAUAUCUUAUUAGCAGUUGGUCAAGCAAAUGGGAAAGUAGUUCUAAAUACUUUUGGUCCUACAGCAUAUGACUCUCUGGGUUUCACUGGAAAAGAAUUUGUACCAAAGCAUGCAAGACCAUGUAACGUGGUUGCUUGGAAUCCCGUAGACAAACAUCUGAUCCUUUCUGGAUUGGAUAAACAUAGCAAGGAUCAUUCUGUAUUGCUGUGGGAUAUAGACAAAAAUCCACAAUGUUCGGAACGAAUACAUCAUCAUGGCAGUAAUCAAAUGGAAUGCAUCAGACCAACAGCGGAAUUGGGUGUAUCGGAAACUAUACACUCUGCUGCUUGGUUUAAACAUGAUCCAAAAUGUCUAGUUCUCGGUGCUAAUAACAAGCAACUGAAGAUUCUUGACUUUAGAGAUUCAGCUAGAGUAGUAAAUGUCACCCCUACAAAGGCGGUUUACAAUGUAUCAGUGAAUCCUCAUCACACUCAUCAUUUGGUUUCAAAUGUGGACAAUCAAAUCAUUAUGUGGGAUGUCCGAUGUUUCGAUAAACCUGUUCUCACUUUGGUACAACUAAGACAGAUAACAAAAGUUCUGUGGUGUCCCACCAGACGUAAUCUUCUCGGUGCAUUGCAAAAGGAUUCAGGAGCAUUACAUCUGUACGACAUACAAAACAGUGGAGGGGAGGAUACUGAGCCUGGGGUCCUGGAAAGGGCAGUUGUACCAUCCUGGCACAUUCCUGUGAACUUUUCGUGGCAUCCGACUCAUGUGAAUCGAUUAUUGGCAAUAUCGCAGCAAGGCAUAACUGAUUACACCGUGUGGGAGAGGAUAACGGUGAGCUGGUCCUCCGGAUCGCAUCUCACGUGGAAUCAUGCCUUCAAAUCGUUGAAGUAUAUACAUAGUGAAGACAAUCCGUACAAGACACUGGACGACAUCGCGAUUUUAACCAAGAAGCGUGCCAAUGCGGAAUACGGCUUACUUCCGGAUUUAGCCCAAAACGGUGAACUAGCCGAGAACGAAACCCUGAAGCAUUUGUGGCAAUGGUUGUAUCUGAGCGGCGCCCUGGUGGAGGACGGCACCAUCCACAGCGUCGAUAACAAGCAUCCCGGUAUAAGAACAGUUCUGAAAUUAGACGGUCAGCAAAACCCGAUGAACGGUUUCUUAAAGUCCGAGCUCAUCCACCGCACAUGGACGGACAUAGGCUCCAACUAUACAGCAAAGAUCUACAGAUCCGCCGAUAGGGACAAGAGUCUUCUCCUGUGUGGUUUGCGAUUCGACAAGGAAACCAAUGGUCUCUACGACAAUACAUAUUUGGAGGGCCUGGAGAGAGAAGGCGCGUACGCGAGAGCGGCGGCGCUCGCGGUGUUCAAUCUUUGCCUCAGACAGGCGAUCGAGAUCUUGAACCGCGGCGCCACUAAGAUGUCCAUGACUGCGAAUCUGGAUAUCGUGGCCAUGGCACUAUCUGGAUUCUCCGAGGAUCGCAACAGCAUGUGGCGAGAGUCCUGUUUGAAGUCCAGAUCUCAAUUGCCGGAUCCUUACUUAAGGGCGACGUUCGCUUUCUUAACCGCCGACAACGAUUCCUACGAGAACGUACUUAACGAAAGCGGCAUGGCUGUUGAGGAUCGAGUAGCGUUCGCUCUUAUGUUCUUAUCGGACAGUAAGCUGCACGACUACUUGAGGAGACUGACGCAGAAGUUAACCGAAGAGGGCAAUCUAGCAGGCUUCUUGCUUACAGGUGCGAGUAUGGAGGGCAUACAAUUGUUAAAUAGAUACUUAGAAAUCACCGGGGACGCUCAGAGUUGUAGUCUAAUCGCUAUUAGAGCUCUAACGCCUAAAUUGCUCCAGGAGAAUCAAGUUCAAGUGUGGAUCGCCAAUUAUAGGAAUCUCUUAGACGCGUGGAAGAUGUGGAAUCAAAGAGCUCAAUUCGACAUUGCUAUGAGAUCCUCGACGAACGAGACUCCACCGCAGCAGAUAUAUGUUUCUUGCAAUUUCUGCGGUAAGAGCAUCGCUGCUUUUAUGCAAGGUCUGAGCAGAGCGAGAGCUCCGUUCGGUCGAUUGGGCAGCACCUCUAACAAACUGAAGAUGUCGGCGUGCCCGAAUUGUCGCAAACCUUUGCCGCGCUGCGCGAUAUGUUUGAUGUAUAUGGGCACCGUCAGCGGACUGACCACCUCCAGCGUCAACCGCAGCGAGGACUGUGAUAGCAAGCUCACAGAAUUCAACAACUGGUUCACAUGGUGCCAAACGUGCAAACAUGGGGGACACGCCGAGCACAUAACUCAGUGGUUUCGACAACAUUCUGAAUGUCCAGUGACAUCCUGUACUUGCCGCUGUUUGUCGCUGGAUACAUCCGCAAAAUAAGAGAUCUUCUUUAGGAUAAUUUGUAUAUUUAUCAGGUGUACUUAUACUUUAUGUACAGAGAAAGGAAUUGUAUUCUGAUGAUUUUCUCCACAUGACGGCAUUAUUUCUUAUUCACUGCAGAAAGCAUAUAUACUAGUAUGUUUAACGGAAUGUAAAAAUGUAUACAAAUGAAUACAGUAACUUUUCACAUA